GCGACAGAAGGAGUCAGAGGAAGAGGAGUGAGAGGAGGAGGAAGAGGAGGAGUAAGAGGGGGAGUGAGAGGAAGAGGAGUGAGAGGAGGAAGAAGAGGAGGAGGAGUGAGAGGAGGAGGAGAUGGAGCGCAGCGUGAUCCAGCUGAGUCACUGUCAGAAGGUCAUCUUCUGCUUCUCGCUGCCGGACGAGUGUCCGGGCUGUGGAGAGGAGCUGGAGGGGAGACGCCUGCAGGAGGCGCCAGUGAGCCUCCCCUCCCCCUUCACCAACGGACAUGAGCGCUGCUGCUCCCUGCUGGUCACACCUGCACAGGACAACCCGAACAGAGACUUCGAUGGGACUUCGGAUCUGCACACAGGCAUCUCCAACUCGAAAGGAGUUGUGUAUAACUACACUCAGGGCGGGGUGCAUAGGGACCAGAGUGGGUGGGAGCACUGCGUCAGUGUUCCUCUGGUCCGACCUGACAUGUACCACCUGCUGGCUCAGUGGGACCAGUACCUGGACCACUUCUCUGGUGGACCCAUGUGGGACCCUGCAUGGCACAGGUUCAACGAGGACGACCAUAACUGCUUCAGCUUCUGUCUCGGCUUCGUGAACAGCGUCCUGGCCGUGGAGGGGCGGAGCUCCAUGACCAGAGAGACGUUCACUCACACCUACAUCCUGCCGAAGAUGAAGAGAGUCUCAAAAUUCACCACGUUGUACCAACACAUCCAGAAACACCAGUACUACGUGGUAGACAGAAAGCCAGACAGACAGGAGGACAGACAGGAGGACAGACAGGAGGAUGUCCCCACCUGUGCUGGGCAGUCAUCUGAUAACUCUUUUCAGUACCAGUAAUGUGAGGGAUACAUCUGAGUCAGACACUGAUGGACUGAGGGUUGGUCUGUCGGUUAGAGUGUGGACACCCGACCUGAGCCUGUCAGACCCAGCAGGACCAGUUAGGACCCAACAGACCCAGUCAGACCCAUCAGGACCAGUUAGGACCCAACAGACCCAGUCAGACCCAGCAGGACCAGUUAGGACCCAACAGACACAUCAGGACCAGUUAGGACCCAACAGACCCAGUCAGACCCAUCAGGACCAGUUAGGACCCAACAGACCCAGUCAGACCCAUCAGGACCAGUUAGGACCCAACAGACCCAUCAGGACCAGUUAGGACCCAACAGACCCAGUCAGAACCAUCAGGACCAGUUAGGACCCAACCGACCCAGUCAGACCCAUCAGGACCAGUUAGGACCCAACAGGCCCAGUCAGACCCAUCAGGACCAGUUAGGACCCAGUCAGACCCAUCAGGACCAGUUAGGACCCAACAGACCCAGUCAGACCCAUCAGGACCAGUUAGGACCCAGUCAGACCCAUCAGGACCAGUUAGGACCCAGUCAGACCCAUCAGGACCGGUUAGGACCCAACAGACCCAGUCAGACCCAUCAGGACCAGUUAGGACCCAGUCAGACCCAUCAGGACCAGUUAGGACCCAGUCAGACCCAUCAGGACCGGUUAGGCGCUGUCAGGUUGAGCUGGGUUUGUACAGAUAUUCUGGUUUGGAUCUACGUCUGCAGCCAGGGACUAAUCCUCCAUCAUGAAGAGCACAUGGGGCUCACUGCCUAACCCUAACCCUAACCCUCACCCUAACCCUAACCCUAACCCUAACCCUAACCCUAACCCUCACCCUAACCCUAACCCUAACCCUAACCCUAGGAGUGUCCUAACUGUUACUGUCACCGUUUGAAAAUAAAUGAGAAGCUCUUCGAAGCUGCAGCUGUUCACCACCAGGGGGCGUGGUGUUUAUAUAUACAGUAUAUGUCCAUGACUGAGCUACGGUGGAUUCUGGCUGCAUGGUGUGUCAAGCAGCAGCAAGAAAUCAUGGGACAUUAACAAAGAGGUGAAACAGUAGAAUUAUUACUUUUAUUAUAUUCACAGGGAAGUAUUAAAGGAAGUAAUUUUAUUCUCAUUAUAUCUGCUUCCACUAGGAAUCAGUAUCAGGACACUCUGUACAGUUCCACUGCUAUGCUGAUGACACCCAGUUAUACUUGUCAUUUAAACCUGAACAAAGUAAUCAAUUAACUGAUUUGAUUAAGGACAUAAAAACCUGGAUGACC